AGUAAUAAUUGUUUUCCGAUCGGCCAAAUGAAUGAAUUGACAAAUUUGUUUUUAUUGUAUGUUGUUGAACUAGUUUGAAAUGGAGUGCUUAUUAGGGAUAUCUUUUAAAGAUUUUGUGAUUGUUGCUGCAGACAGGACGAUAGCACAAAGUGUUUUGGUAAUGAAGAGUGAUGAAGACAAACUGUACAAGAUCUCAAAAAAACUGGUGAUGGCAAUAUCGGGCGAGUCUGGGGACACAACGCAGUUUGCGGAGUACAUUGCCAAGAACAUCCAGCUGUACAAGAUGAGGAAUGGGUAUGAGCUCUCUCCGAGCGCAGCUGCAAACUUCACCCGUCGCAAUCUGGCCGACUACCUCAGGAGCCGGAGUCCGUACUUCGUCAACCUGCUACUGGCUGGCUAUGAUGAUGAGACGGGGCCAGAGCUGUACUUCAUGGACUACCUGGCGUCCAUGGUGAAGGUGCCAUUCGGAGUGCAUGGCUACGGAGGUUUCUUCUCGCUCGGCAUUAUGGACAGAUACCACAACGCAGAUAUCAAUGAGGAGGAGGCCUAUGAGGUGGUGAAGAAGUGUGUGGCAGAGGUUCACAAGAGAUUAAUUGUCAACCUCCCAAACUUCAAGGUGCAGAUUGUUGACAAGAAUGGUGUCCGUGAUCUACCAGACAUCACCAUCAAAUCCCUGAAUGCCGAGACCACACAGUCACUUUGAUAUUAAUGAUUUUAUAAAAAAAAAAAAAGUUUUGACAGCUCAUUUUCUUUUUAUAGUUUAUCUUUCAAUGUCCAUAUUCUGAUGAAAAUAAAAAUGGUAAUGUACCCUA